UCCUGUUGUCACGUGCGGCUUUUUCCUAAAUUUCACCUUUUCAACAAAACUUUGUUGCUAUUGUAAUCUAUUUAUUGUUUUCAGAUCACAAAUGUACCUGUUACGAACAUGUUAACAGAUAAAGUGUGUGUCGUAUGCAUCUAUUUAUUUGCGUUGACAACGUUGGCCAGCUCUGAUUUUCCAUUCCGAAAUGUUUCCUUGUCGUGGUCCGAGAGAGUUGAUGAUUUGGUUGGGAGGUUGACUCUAGAUCAGAUUGUGCAGCAACUCGCGCGUGGAGGUGCCGGGUUGAAUGGGGGACCUGCGCCUGCUAUCGAGAACCUAGGCAUAGGGCCUUACCAGUGGAAUACGGAAUGCCUGAGAGGAGAUGUUGAAGCAGGGAAUGCAACAUCGUUCCCCCAGGCUAUUGGACUUGCAGCAGCAUUUAGUAAAGAUCUGAUCUUCAAUGUCUCCAAAGCUGCUGCCACAGAAGUAAGAGCCAAGCACAAUGAUUUUGUGAAGCGAGGGAUUUUCACAGACCACACAGGACUCAGCUGUUUUAGCCCUGUUGUCAACAUCAUGAGGCACCCACUCUGGGGCAGAAAUCAGGAAACCUAUGGGGAAGACCCCUACCUGUCUGGGACCUAUGCCAGCUACUUUGUUCAGGGACUGCAGGGGGACAACGACAGAUACAUACAGGCGAACGCUGGGUGUAAACAUUUUGACGCCCAUGGCGGCCCAGAGGAUAUCCCUGAGUCCAGAAUGGGAUUUGAUGCCAAGGUGUCCAUGAGAGAUUUGAGGCUGACUUUUCUACCAGCAUUCCAGAAAUGUGUCCAAGCAGGGGCAUAUAGUCUCAUGUGUAGCUACAACAGUAUAAAUGGAGUACCGGCCUGCAGCAAUGAGCUCCUAAUGAUGGACAUAUUGAGGGGGGAGUGGAACUUCACCGGUUACGUGGUCAGUGACGAGGGGGCCAUAGAGAACCAGAUUAGCUUCCACCACUACUACAACAACUCGGAGGAUGCAGCGGCGGGGUCAGUCAACGCCGGCUGUAACCUGGAGCUGUCAGGAAACCUGACCGAGCCCGUGUUCAUGAAAAUUGGUGAUGCUGUAAAGAGUGGAAAACUUGAGGAAUCAGUCGUGCGUAACAGGGUUAAACCCUUAUUUUAUACCAGAAUGAGGUUGGGAGAAUUUGAUCCUCCAGAGAUGAAUCCCUAUUCAUCUGUUAAUCUGUCCGUCAUCCAAAGUGAAGAGCACAGAAACCUUUCUCUCACAGCAGCAGCCAAGUCUCUGGUCCUUUUGAAGCAGCCAUCAAAGUUUAGUAAAAGACAUCUGAUUGGUGGAUUUCCCACGGAGAGAAUGGCGGUAAUAGGUCCAAUGGCAAACAACACAGACCAAAUCUUUGGGGAUUAUUCCCCCACAACGGACCCCAGGUUUGUGAAGACCCCCCUGAAGGGCCUCACUGAACUGAACUUCUCAAUGAACUAUGCAGCAGGUUGCGUAGAUGGCACCAGGUGUUUGAAUUAUUCACAGGACGACGUAAAAACGGCCCUUGUAGGAGCUGACUUAGUGGUCGUGUGUUUGGGUACAGGCAAAGAUUUGGAGAGUGAAAAUGUGGACCGUAAGGACAUGAUGUUACCAGGGAAACAGAUGCAGCUUCUCCAGGAUGUUGUAUCAAUGACCAACAAGGCGGUUUACCUGCUGGUGUUUUCGGCGGGGCCGGUCAACAUCACCUGGGCUCAGGAAAGCGAGCGUGUGCUGAUCAUCCUCCAGUGCUUCUACCCCGCCCAGUCAGCGGGGGAUGCCAUCACUCAGGCGCUGAUCAUGAGGGACGGGCGGUUCAACCCCGCGGGAAGGCUUCCCUACACCUGGUACAGGUAUACUGAACAGAUUCCAGAGAUGACUGACUACUCAAUGGCCAAGAAGACUUACCGCUACUUCACCGGGGUCCCCCUGUACCCGUUUGGCUAUGGUCUCUCCUACUCCACGUUCGUCUUCAGUAAGCUGUACUUCCUCCCCAAGGUCAACGCCGGGGACCCCAAUGUCGUACAGGUCCGAGUCUUCAACGAGGGGCCCUUUGAUGGAGACGAGGUACUGCAAGUCUACAUAAAAUGGAUGUCAACCAAAGAGAGGAUGCCACGAGUCCAGCUUGUGGCGUUCGAGCGAGUCUUCAUAAAGAGUCAGCAGUAUGUGGAUAUCAGCACCGCGAUCACACCGCAGAGUAUGGCGAUAUGGAAGGACGGCAUUGGAUUUGUCAUCGAACCAGGCUUUAUCCAAUUCUACGCAGGAGGUCAACAGCCAGACCAAAAGGUCACCGUUCCGUCCAAUAUCUUACAAGGGCAGUUUGAAAUAGUCGGCAAGCAAGUUCUGUCUCCACACUGAAUUGAUCUACUAAAUUAAUGAUGCAUUUACCUGUGCCUAAGCAAGAGCUGUGCAAAAAUUUUGCAAUUUGAUUCUUUUUAUUUCAAUCUAUGCAAGGCAUCGGAUGAGUUGUGUACCUUUAUAUGAAUGUAACGGUAACUGUUAAAUCUGGUAAAUUGAGAUGUCAAUCAUCCUAUUGUUAGACGUGAUAUAAAUAUGACAUGAAAUACAUGAAAAUGAAUGCCCAGCGAAAUAUCCGAUUUUUCAUAAUGUACAUGUAGUACUACUUGUAUAUACUUUUGUAUUGCUUGUGGGAUCUAACUGUGAUAUGCUUGUAAAUUAACAUUCCAAACAAAGUUUUUUGAAUGUGCCAUAUUAUGACAUUAUGUGCAAUAUUUUUUUUAGAUUUUAACAAUGCUACCUUGGGCAUUCUUAGCCAAUUAAAGCCUAUGAAUUUACAAUUUAGAAGUUUUCCAUCAACCCAUUGAUCAAUUCUGGCACAAAAAUGACUAGUUGACAUCAUUUAAGAAAUAAACAACAGUUUAAAAAGUUCACUGGGAUAUGACCUUGGUUGGUCACAAGAUCAAAUCCUGUGAAGACCGAAGGGUUUCUCAGAAGAUUUGAUCACAUACCAACCAAGCUCAUUGUUAAACAUGUAUAUAGACUUAUAUAUGAAAUUUAAUUAAUGGAGAUUAAUUUAAUUGAAGGGAUUUUAAUUGAACAUGUUUAUAUAUUAUUUUCAUGCAAGUUGUUUGUUAUUUAAUAUCCUACAUCAAUGAUACUGUACAUGUGACAUAUGUACUUGAUUAUAUUAAAUUAUCAUGUAUAUUUUUUUUUUUUUUUUGACCUAGCUAAUUAGUCUGAUUCUUGUAAAAAUUGAUUGAUUUUUUUUUUGCUGUGUAUGUUUCACUUUUCAAUCAACAUUUAUAAAUAAUGUAUUUUUAUAUGUGAUGAAUGAAAUCCAUGUUAAAAUGUAUAAUUAUCUAUUUUGAAGUUGUACUAAUAAAUUUUAAAAAUCAAUAAAAAAAGAAGUUUUUCUUGGAUAAAUUCAUCCCCAAUUAACAUGUUCUUAUGUUGACCAAGAGCUAUGUUUGAAAUGGGAAUUUUAUUUUGGCUUUGUAUCCUCUUCAGUCUUGGAUUCACAGACUGGCAUCUCUUCAGUUGAAAUUUAUUUUUAUCGAUAUACAAACUAAUCAAAGUUGCAAUGGCUUAAACUGUA